AUGUUCGGCCUGAAGUUCACGGCGGUUCUCCUGCUCAUCGCCUUGGUCGCCUGCUCGAUGGUCAGCGCCGAGCGUCAUGCCGCCGGCAAGGUGCAUCACGAAGGCAAGGGACGUCACGUCAAGGAUGCUGUCCGGAAGCACAAGGACGCCGUCAAGCCUCACCGUGUUCAGAAGGUUCGUCUUUUUUUGAGCAUUUUGAACCCAGUAAGCAUGGUUUUCGGUGCGCGAAACAGUCACGUAAAAAAGAAACCUAUGGUCUGUGUGCCACGACUUGAAAUUUCAUCGAACGACAUUCCGCUGUUCCGCUGCGUGCGGUCGUGAAGCGUCUUUCGAAUCUGGAUCACUUUUUCAAUUGAUUGUUAUUGCUGUGGGAGCACAUGAAAGUAGAAUACCAUAAUAAAAGAAAAAAAAAUAUAAAAGAACGACCAAGAAUCGCAAAGGCGCACAGCGGAAUGUCGUUCGGUGAAAUUCCAAGUCGUGGUACACAGACUAUACCGUAAAUACAAACUUUUGCUCCGCAAAACUGCUAAAAAGACAGCAAAAAAACAUAUUUCUUGAAGCGAAUAUACUCAAUUUCGAUUUAUUUUGUUAUACAGUAAUUUAGAAGGAAAAGAAAACGUGGACCGGAAUGGGCUAUGACAAAGUUUUGUAAUAUAUAUUUUUAAAAGAGUUUCUCACAAGCUUGGCAGCGCCUUUAAAAAAAUGAAUUAUAUUAUUAUUUAAUUUUUUUGAGGAGCUUUUUCGAUUCGAGAAAACUGCUAUAGUCCAUUCUUGUCGCUGUUUUCUUUCCGCUAAAAAAUACCGUACGCCAAAUUAGAUCAAAAUAGAUCAUUUUUGCUUCAAGAAUUUUUUUUGGGAAAAUUUCUAGUGGCCACUUUAGGGUUUUGACGUUUUAAAGGCCUCUAUAGCAGUCUAAUUAGUGGCCACUUAAAGGGUUAAAAAUUAGUGGCCACUAGAGAGGUCUAAGUGCUACUACUAGACCACAAAAAUUUUAGUGGCCACUUUAGGGACAAUGGAUCAACAUAACAGGUCCAAUCUGUUUGUUUUAAAAUUAUCAGAGUUACUGGAAGGAAUACUGGAAUAAAAACUACUGAAGUGGCCUCUUAAUAGAGAACCUCUGAAGUGGCCACUAAAAAUUCUCUCAGUUUACUGUCAUUUCAGCAGUUUUUCAGUGCAAAAGUUUGUAUUUACGGUGGCUUUUUCUUUACUUUUUUUUUUUUUAAAUUUCAUUCUUGAGAUUAACUUUCUUUUUGAGGACUCCUAAUUACUUUUUUUGUGAUAAUUAAAAAUAUACCAUUGAAUUUUUGCAGCAACACGCUCCCCACGGUCAGCUUUGGAACAGGAAGCCCCAUGGAAAGUAG